AUGCUCUCCAAGACCCUCCUCGCCCUCGCCCUCGCCUCGGUCGCCGCCGCGGCCCCCGCGCCCGCCGAGCCAGCCCUGGCCAAGCUGACAUGCUACGCGCCCAAGGACUGCGGCGGCGCGCCCGUCUUCAGCAGCACCUACAGCGCAAAGGACAAGAUCACGGGCUACUGGGUGGACAGCGUGUCGCAGAACGAGGGGCUCGGCGCGUGCAUUGACUUCCCCGCCGACAAGGUCGUCGCCAGCUGCCGCAUCGAGGCGUACGACCCCGCCUACCGCUGUACCUUUGGCGGCACGUGGGCGUCCAACUGCUACGGCACGUUUGCUGUGGGCUACGCCGACAAGAGCCCCAACGGCGAGGACCAGAGCUGCGCCACGGGCGACGCGUACCUCCAGAUGCAGGGCAAGCGUAUCUACGGCGGCCUGCUGUCGUGCCGCAAGCGCGCAUAG